CUCCUCCUCCAUCCCACCUUCCCCCUCACAGUUUGCAUCACGUAGAUUAGCCACUCACUGUAAUCCACUGCGUCAUUUUAAUCCUACUUUGAGUGACGUUUGGGGUUCCUCCUCCCGUCCUGGUCCUCUGUCCUCCUGUUGUCUCCCCUGCCACUCUGUCCACUCCUCUCAUCUGCUUAAGGGUUAAUGACGCUGCUGUGAGACGCUGCAACCAUGGCUGCUACUGGAUCGUAUCGUAUGGUGUCAGAGGAGGAGCAGGCCAUGAGGUCUAAGCUGGAGCAUUUGACAGUGAAGGAUCAUGGGCCGGUGUUUGGUCCGUGCCACAAGUUGCCUGGCCACACUGUGCAAAAGGCGAAGGACGAGCUGAACGAGACGGACGAGAGGCGGGCGUCGUCACUGAAGGACCUGCGGGCCACGAUGAAGGAGAGGGCAGCGGAGGGAGACGACCUGGCCAAACUGGUGCUGGAGCGCUUCGGUGACAAACCGGACUCCAUGAUGCUGCGCUUCCUCAGGGCUCGCAAGUUCGACGUUGUCAGGGCCCAUGAGCUCAUGAAGGGUUAUGUGCGCUUCAGGAAGGAGUAUCCUGAACUAUUUGAGAACCUGACCCCGGAGGCGGUCCGCAGCACCAUCGAAGCAGGCUACCCAGUGGUUCUGCCCAGCAGGGACAAGUACGGCCAUGUAGUCCUGCUCUUCAACAUCGAGAACUGGGACCUGGAGGAGAUCACGUUCGAUGAGAUCUUAAGAGCGUACUGUGUGAUCCUGGAGAAGUUGCUCGAGAAUGAAGAGACCCAGAUUAACGGUUUCGUCCUGAUCGAGAACUUCAAGGGCUUCACCAUGCAGCACGCGUCAGGAAUCAAGCCGACCGAGCUCAAGAAGAUGGUGGACAUGCUGCAGGACUCAUUCCCUGCCCGUUUCAAGGCGGUCCACGUCAUUCACCAGCCCUGGUACUUCACCACUACGUACAAUGUGGUCAAACCCUUCAUGAAGAGCAAGCUGCUGGAGAGGGUCUUUGUUCACGGCGACGAGCUGGACAACUACUUGAAAGAAUUCGAUGCAGACAUCCUGCCUGCGGACUUUGACGGGAAAGCCGCUGUUGCUGACUGCCAGGCCAUCGCCACCAAGCUUUUUGGCUCCGAGGACACAGCUCUCUGAGAGAACAGUCCUACUGUUUCAAGCCCAAGCCUUAUAGCGUCCCUCACCAUAGAUGGAUCAGAAAUGUGCUCUAUUUUGAAGCUAGAUUGACAUUUUUUUUUAAUUAUUAUUCAGGCAGUUCCUUCAAGCAAAAAAAAAAGAAAAAAGAAAAAAGAAAGAAGAAGUAUCUGUAGUUAGGAGCAGGGGAUGGUUUGCAGGUAGGGGAUAUAAAUGGGAGAAAAAAGAUGUCUAGAUAUCACAGAGAGAAGAAUUGAUGGUAAAUGUUUGUCAUUUUACUUAGAGGGGAAAACGACAGAGUUGUGAUGAUGAAGCUCACAUCCAGAAUGAGUCAGACUGAGUUUGUUUUUUUGCCUUAAGAAUGAAUUUCAGAGCAUAUUUCACAUCAGCCUUAUGCCCAUAAAGCCUCCCAUGCAUCACAGCGUCGGGGGGGUAUGAAGAGGGAAAUCUGACAGCGGAUCAGCCUGCAUUUGCUUAUUGUUGAAUGAGCAGAAGCCUCCUGACGCAGUGCCAUGGAAACAGCCUUUCGUCUCAGCAGCCUCGUCUGAGCUGAGACACUCAGACGCCUGACGUACCACAACAAUCCAUCCUGCAAACUGCACUGGAACAUUUUCAAUUAAAUAGAUUUUUUUUGUGUGUGUGUGUG